UUAUAUAUUACGCGAAAUCGCGUUUUCAGAUAUCGUAUAAGGAGCCGAUGCAUAGCGUAGAAAGAAGUCCCAGGCGGCCGAUCGUCAACGCUCAAUUCUAAUCCGUCGAGUUCUGAAAUUCUUGCCGCUAUUGCUCUCAGGCGGUAAGGAUGUCGACACCAGCGAGGAAAAGACUGAUGAGGGAUUUCAAGCGGUUGCAACAGGAUCCUCCGGCAGGCAUCAGCGGUGCUCCUUAUGACAACAACAUCAUGCUAUGGAAUGCUGUUAUUUUUGGCCCUGAUGACACUCCUUGGGAUGGAGGUACGUUUAAGUUGACACUGCAAUUCACUGAGGAUUAUCCAAAUAAGCCACCAACAGUGCGGUUUAUUUCCCGAAUGUUCCAUCCUAACAUUUAUGCUGAUGGAAGCAUUUGUUUGGAUAUCCUACAAAAUCAAUGGAGUCCGAUAUAUGAUGUAGCUGCUAUACUUACUUCAAUCCAGUCACUGCUUUGUGAUCCGAACCCCAAUUCCCCAGCCAAUUCCGAAGCAGCAAGGAUGUUUAGCGAGAACAAGCGUGAAUACAACAGGAAGGUGCGUGAGAUUGUUGAGCAGAGCUGGACAGCAGAUUAAAUGUCUGAUAGUUCGAAGUGUUCUGCUCCUGGUAGGGGGUGAAGAUUGGCCUUAUAAAAUGGGUUUUGUAGUGUUAGUGCUACAUUACUUGUUAAUGUUGCACUACAUUCUAUCCUUUUCUUCAAGUGUUGUAGGAACUUUAAUGGUCUUUAAACUGUGUUGCUAUUUUGCGCUACUUUUUUGUACAUAUAGUCUUCUGUAUCCAGUGUGGAAUUGUAUGGAAUGUUUAUUCCCAUAAUCAUUGUUAAGACCUGAGCAAAUUCAACUAAAUAAAUGUUGUUGUUUUACCA